AAAUUACCCACAGCUUCCAAUUAAUUAAGAAGUACGUACAUUUUGUCACAAAUGCUAAGAAUCAGUUAAAACUGGUUAUCUUAUAGUCUACAGAGACGUACGUAACCGCAUGAGAAGCAUUAAGCAGAUUGAGUUACUAAUAACUUGAACGUGCAUUAAUAGAGCAGCUGUAUAUAUAUACUAGCUUACAGUACAAAAUGGCGUGGAUUCAAAAGAUCUCUGACACACUUCUGAAAGGAAGACAAGAAGUAGAAGACACUUCCUCACACCAGUACGAUACAGUGACUGUACAUGUACUCGGAGAUAAGGAUCUGGCCAUUGGUCCAACAGACGACCUGAAUGACGAUUAUUGUCAGAUUGACCUACCUGGACCAAAGGGGAAGAAGAAAUCAAAACCGAAAAGAAAGGCUUCAGAGGAUGAUUCGUACGAUUAUGUGAGGGGAUUAGGGGAGACAAAGAAAGAUUCAUCUGGCUAUGAGAUAGUGGACCACGAAGGUCAAAAAGGAGGCCAAUCAAAGAAACUCAAAAAGGGAAUAUCAAAAUAUGAUGACUACCAUUAUGUGAGAGACUGCAGAGGAGCAAUAAGAGGUGACAAAAAGCGCCCAGUCAGCAUAGCAGCAGUGCCACGAGAAGUGGUCGACGGUAACUACACAAAGUUACUAAUGGGAACGAAAGACACAGAGAGAGAUUACGACCUUCCUGGGCCGUGGAAAGAUCAGACAGCUGCAAGCAGUGAGAAAACAAAAGGCAAGAAAUUCAAGCUGUUGAAAGGAAAAGUCAAGCGUCAGCCAGCAUUCGUAGAAGAUGAUGACACUGGCCUGUAUGAAAAUAACGAUUAUGAUGGGACACCGAAACUGAAAGGUGUGGGUGGAGUAGGAGCUGACAAAAAACGCCCAGUCAGUAUUGCACCAGAAGUUGCCGGUAACUAUACAAAGCUAGUAAUGGGAACAAAAGAGAAAGAGAAAGAUUACGACGUCCCCGAAGCUUCGGCAAAGGGUAGGAGCUCAAUUGACGCGAUACUCAAAGAAUUUACAGCUACGGCUACGGCUACGGCUACGAGCGUUGAGGCAGACCCUGGCUAUUACGAGAAUAACGACUACCAUGGAGUGGAGGGAGACAAACUGAAAAGCCCUGUAAGUAAAGGGAAAUCAAAAAACAAAAAGAAAGCCAAGAAAGUGAAGAUUGCGGAGGAGCCCACUAGCUACUACGAGAACAACGAUUACAAUGAUCCAAUAAAACCGAAGCAAGAUGAAAGUCAAAAGGAAGGAGAUAAGAAGAAACUCAAAUCAAAGGGAAAGUCAAAAGAUGACGAAUACGAUUAUGUUAGGGAUUUCAGAGGAGUGAAAAAGGGUGACAAAAAGUGCCCAGUCAGCAUAGAAGCAGUGCCAGCCGACGGUAACUACACAAAGUUACUAAUGGGAACGAAAGACACAGAGAAAGAUUACGACCUUCCUGGGCCGUGGAAAGAGGGCGAAAAAUCGAAAGAUAAAAAGAAAUCCAAGUCAAAAGGGAAGGGUAAAGGCAUGGUUGAAAAUGAUUCCAUAGAAGAUGAAAACGAUUAUGUAAUAAACGACUAUCAGAGUGGGAGUACACCCAGCGGAGGUAAGCUUCAAGACAGUAAACUAUUCAAGCUAUUGAAGAAGAAAAGUACAGAGAUUUCAGAGGAUGACUCGUACGAUUAUGUGAGGGGCUUAGGGGAGACAAAGAAAGAUUCAUCUGGCUAUGAGAUAGUGGACCACGGGGGUCAAAGUAAAACCGUGCCUGGAAGCAAGCUAUUGAAGAAGAUGAAAUCAGCCCUAAAGGGAAAGACCCAACACAUGUCAGAGGAUAACGCAUACGACUACGUGAGGGACAUCGGAGAGAUAAAGAAAUAAAAGAAGUUUUAUCACAUAUUCGGAACACUUACACUUACUACUACACCAAUAUGUAGAUACAUGGACACACUAGCUAAAACAUAAUAUUGAAUGCACAGUACGCCAUUUAUUUAAUUUGUACCACAUUCACUUCACAAUUAUAACUUACUUUUGUCAG